AUGGAUCCGUCAGCUGGUUCCGACUCCAAUCCUCCCGAAAGAAAGGGAUCUGUUCGGCGAGCAAGAGAAAUGUUAGAGGCGGGUCGACGUCCCAAAAUUCAAGUUCCCCAGGCAAACGCAGGAGGAAUACCACCCUCCAGACGAGAUGCUCGCCAAACACAGUGGCCUUUACCGGACGACAAUAUGUUACAAACGAAUGUUGUCGAUCAAAAAGGGACUCCGUUAAUCUCGAAGAGCCCUCCGCCUCAACGACCACCUCGUCCCGAUCUUCCAUCCCCUUCUAUCUACUCAGUCAGAAGCGCUUCAGAUGCUGCGCCCAGUCCGCUGCACAUCAAUCACCCGAAACCCUCCUUUUCACAUCCAUUUCACAAUCAACUGCUCAUCCAUCCAGCUUUGAGGGACCCUGCACCUGUCACAAGCGAAGAUACGCCUAGAAAACCAGGAGUUUCUUCUGUUAAUUCUAUUCAGUCACUACCUGAUUUACCACAGCCGAUUCCUCCUAGGAAGCCGGGUAACCUUGCUCCUCAGGCUGCGGCGCGCGCAAUCAUGAAUCACCCAGCGUCUGUUUCGCCCAUCCCCGAGGAAUUACUUGACAGCCCGACAAUAAUCAAUAAGCCUUACGCUCCUAGUCGAACCACCCGCUCUAGCUGGAGUUCCGAAAAAGGGGAGUCUGCUAUCCUCGGGGCCUAUGCAGAUGGCGAUUCCGGUGGUGCGCAUGAGUUUACGCAUGCGAUCGAAGGCCACAAUGGAAAUAUAAUUCGUCAAGCCAGUCUUGGGAAAAGAGGCAAGCCUUCCCUACGUACGAUCAGUAAGCCAUGCGUGGAUUCCCCCCCACUCCCCAAGAGUGAAAGCAAAACAGUUUCUCCUCGGGAGCUCGCAACCGGGGCUGCUCUGAAAGAAGUCGCGGCUGGUGUGAAUCCAAGAAACUCUCUUUCAUCAGAUUCGUCUGAAGAGUCACAUUUCGACCCGGAAAAACCACCCAUAGUGUUGGUCGAGGAUCCAAGGCCCCAUCAAGGUUAUCGUAAUAGAGGUUUUGCGAAGGAGGUGGGGGCACUGCCCAAGGGUGCCCCAACAAUGAGUGAGAUCAGACCAGGGGCCCGCAGACCUCCUCGGUUGAAUAUGGCGGCGGUUCGUGAUGCAGAGGCGCGAGGCAGUCUUACAAGUUUGUCGGAUUUGAUCAAGCGUGCAACAAAACUUGCGUCAAAUUUGGAGCAUAAUAGAACGGCAAGCAGAAACGAUUUGCUUAAUGCUGGCGGGGGCUCGAGGUUCGCAUUUCGUGGUGAUCAUAGCAGCAGGUCAGGCUCGAUUAAAGAUAUUUUGGCCUCAUUCCCACCGCCUGCCGCAACCCCAGAGGGUCACUCAUCUUGGCCGGUCUUCUUCCAGAGGUCUACUCUUCACCAAUUGAACUCCCAAGAACAGGGCCCAGAAGAAGGCCAGGAAAAAGGCACAAAUAGACAACGUCGUUGUUGUGGACUCCCUCUGUGGGCGUUCAUUCUGAUCUGCAUCAUUCUAAUCCUCGUCAUUGCCGCUGCUGUUCUCAUCCCGAUUUUCCUUGUUGUGGUGCCUCGAGAGCAUCAAAAUAGUGCUAGUAGCGGUUCGACAUGCGAGAAGACUGCACCGUGUGAAAACGGUGGUGUCAGUGUCUCAAGUGGCAAUGUUUGCUCCUGCGUUUGCGCUAAUGGCUACACUGGUUCACGCUGUACAACUGUGGGAGAUGCCAGUUGUGUCACGACCGAAAUCACUCAGGGUUCAACAUCACGAAAUGCUACCAUGGGAGAUGACCUCCCUCGUCUAUUCGAAGACUCUAAGACCAAUUUCAGCAUACCCCUUGAUCCAAUUACUAUCAUGGCGCUCCUCAGUCAGAACAAUGUCUCCUGCACGACCGAAAAUGCUCUUGUGUCGUUCAGUGGCAUGACCUCAAGCAACAGCACCCGUCGUUCUUUGUCUCUCGAUGAAGUCUUGGUCCCAGACGGGGAGCCUUCUGAUGAUAAUGGUCCUCCUGGCCCGGCCCCUAUACAUACUCCCACACCGACCCUUACUGCCCGAAAUUCUAUUGCGACAGAAAAUGGCAUCGUUUUCGAUAACUCGUCAGUCACCGAGACCUCGCAAUCCGUAGAAACAACUCCUUCCUCAGUCGCCACACCGAAAUCAACUUCAACAACCUCCAGCUCUUUGACCAUCACUACGAAAGUCCUUGAUUUCUCCCGAAUCGCUGUGCUUUAUAUCCUGGAAAAGACUGGCACUCUCGAGGCAGCCAUGUUCUCCGCAGACGCCAUACAGACCUACCUGGAGAAGUCGUACUCCCACUCCUCCAAUGGGAUAUACCAUCUGAACCUCGUUCCCGCUGGGGUGAAGGGUAAUUUUACCCUCGACUUCCAGGACUUGACAAUCACCAAUCUCAACGGGGAUGUUAUUGGUGGUUAG